CCUCAGCUCUCUCCUUUCAAAUCUUGAGCUAACUAUUUUUUGGUGAAGUUCAUAGAAAGAGAAGGCUACUCGGUAACGAUGACGGAGGCGUCAAUUAGGAACAAGCCGGGAAUGGCGAGCGUCAAAGAUAUGCCUCUCCUCCAAGACGGUCCUCCUCCCGGUGGUUUUGCGCCGGUUCGGUACGCAAGGAGGAUUCCGUCUAAAGGACCCAGCGCCGUCGCCAUAUUCCUCGCCGCUUUUGGCACUUUCUCUUGGGGUAUGUAUCAGGUCGGCAAGGGCAACAAGAUCCGUAGGGCGAUAAAGGAGGAAAAAUAUGCUGCCCGCAGGGCCAUUUUGCCGAUGCUUCAAGCAGAAGAGGAUGAAAGAUUUGUAAAGGAAUGGAGGAAAUAUCUAGAAGAGGAGGCCCGAAUAAUGAAAGAUGUGCCGGGGUGGAAAGUCGGUGAGAGCGUCUAUCACUCUGGGCGAUGGAUGCCUCCUGCAACCGGUGAGCUACGACCUGAGGUUUGGUAAGGUAUGGUGGCGUUAUCACUCAAAUGACUGACGGGUGGUUGAGUUCAUGUCAAUGUUAUCACAAGUCUUUCUGGAAAAAUAAAACCCGUUGUGGUUUGAGAAAUUCAACAAACACUCGUUUUGUGGAUUCAUUUGCCAUAUCAAGUGUAUUACUGUUUGCAAUUUUCCCAUGGUAUGAUAAAUUUUCAGGGUCUUUCUUAAUAAAUUGGUUUUUUCUUUUA